GUCGUCCGACCGCGACACCAUUCAUCACACAAGUCACGGUCUCGAACUCGACUCGGCCGCGACGUCGACGACGAGUUCACCACUAGCCCACCACCACCACGACUACACUCUCCCGGCUCCGAGACCCGCCGGAAAAUCCCCCGGCGAACUGCGGCGCGAUUCCUCUCCGAGUUAAAGCAAAAAAAAGCGGAAGCCGAAGCGCCCCCGCCUCCGCGUCGUCUGCGUGAAGCACUCCCCCUCUUCAAGCGGGAAAAGCGGGGGAGGGAAGCAACGCGGAAAUUAAAGAGCAGAGCAGAGCAGAGCCCUGAGCCCUCGAUUCGCUUCGUUUCCUCCGCCGCACGCCUCCUCCUCCCCCACCCCCUCCCCCCACUCCGACUCCGCCGCCGCCGCCGCCGCCGCCGCCUCCGGCUCCGGCUACAGCUCGCCGCCCCCCAGAUCGGGGGCGGCCGCCGCCUGGUGGUGUCCGUGUCAUCUCUCCUGAGGAAUCAUGCCGGUGGGAGUGCAGGCGCCCGAGGCGUCGCCGGGGAGGUACCAUCGGCGGCGGGACGACGACGAUGGCAACGGCAACGACUGCAGCGACGUGCUCGGCGUCGACGUGCUGGACGAGGGGGCCGACCCCUUCGACAUCCCCGCCAAGCGCGCCUCCGUCGAGCGGCUUCGCCGGUGGAGGCAAGCUGCUCUUGUGCUCAAUGCCUCUCGGCGAUUCAGAUAUACUCUUGAUCUGAAGAAAGAGGAGGAAAAGGAACAAAUAAGGAGGAAAAUUAGGGCUCAUGCUCAAGUCAUCCGGGCCGCAUUACUUUUCAAGGAAGCUGGACAAAAGCAUGAUGUUGAUAGGGAAUUACCAGAAAUUCUCCCUCGCGGGUUCGGAAUUGGAGAGGAGCAGCUUACAGCUAUGACAAGGGAUCAUGAUUAUUCUUCUCUGCACGGAUAUGGAGGGGUUAAAGGACUCGCAAAUUUACUGAAAACAAACACGGAGAAGGGAGUCCAUGGAGAUGAGGUAGAUUUGGCAUGCAGGGCAAAUGCUUUUGGGGCUAACAGAUACCCUCGCAAAAAGGGGAGAAGUUUUUUGGUUUUCCUCUGGGAAGCUUGCCAAGACUUGACACUAGUUAUCCUUAUCAUAGCGGCUGUAAUUUCUCUGGUAUUGGGCAUUGCAACAGAGGGCAUCAAAGAAGGAUGGUACGACGGUGCAAGCAUUGCAUUUGCGGUCUUUCUUGUCAUACUUGUUACUGCUGUGAGUGACUACAAACAGUCCCUUCAGUUCCAGCACCUUAAUGAAGAGAAGCAAAAUAUACAAGUGGAGGUUAUUAGAGGUGGUAGAAGGAUUGAAGUGUCAAUAUUUGAUAUUGUAGUUGGUGAUGUAGUGGCUCUAAAAAUUGGUGACCAGGUCCCGGCUGAUGGUGUUUUGGUUAGUGGUCAUUCUCUUGCCAUUGAUGAAUCCAGUAUGACUGGGGAAAGCAAGAUCGUUGUCAAGGACCAUAAAUCACCUUUCUUAAUGGGAGGAUGCAAAGUAGCUGAUGGUUAUGGUACCAUGUUGGUAACUGCAGUCGGUCUAAACACUGAGUGGGGCUUAUUGAUGGCCAGCAUCUCAGAAGACAACAAUGAAGAAACUCCACUACAGGUACGGUUGAAUGGAGUGGCAACUUUCAUAGGUAUUGUGGGGCUUUCUGUUGCUGCAAUGGUUCUCAUAGUCCUUGUUGCAAGAUAUUUUACAGGGCAUACUACAAAUCCAGAUGGCUCUAUUCAAUUUGUUAAGGGGCAAACAAGUGUGAAAUCUACAAUUUUUGGGACAAUAAAGAUACUAACUAUCGCGGUGACUAUUGUUGUCGUUGCUGUACCUGAGGGACUACCACUUGCCGUAACUCUAACGCUGGCCUAUUCGAUGCAAAAAAUGAUGGCAGACAAAGCUCUGGUGCGGAGGCUUUCAGCUUGUGAAACAAUGGGUUCAGCUACAACCAUUUGUAGUGACAAGACUGGUACACUAACACUCAAUCAGAUGACCGUUGUCCGAUCUGUUGUUGGGGGGAUAAAGCUGAAAUCUCCAGCUGAUAUUGAGAAUUUGUCGCCUGUUGUUUCCUCUCUUAUACUUGAAGGAAUCGCACAGAAUUCUUCAGGCAGCGUUUUUGAGCCAGAGGAUGGUAGUCCUAUUGAGAUAACAGGCUCACCAACUGAAAAGGCUAUUCUUUCUUGGGGUGUUGAGCUUCAUAUGAAAUUUGCGGAGGAGAAAUCAAAAUCUUCUAUUAUUCAUGUCUCCCCAUUCAACUCAGAAAAGAAACGUGCCGGUGUUGCAGUGAUUGUGGAUGAUUCAGAUAUUCAUGUGCACUGGAAAGGGGCUGCUGAAAUUGUUCUUGCCUUAUGUACAAAUUGGCUUGAUGUAAAUGGCAUUAGUCAUGAAAUGACACCUGAUAAGGCUAAUCAGUUCAAGAAAUACAUAGAGGAGAUGGCCGAGGAAAGUCUUCGAUGUGUUGCUUUUGCUUAUAGAAAUCUUGAUCUGAAUUAUGUUCCAAAUGAGGAAGAAAGAAUCAACUGGGAAUUACCAGAUAAUGAACUGGCUCUCAUUGGAAUCGUAGGGAUGAAGGACCCCUGUCGCCCUGGGGUAAGAAAUGCUGUAGAUCUGUGCAAAAAUGCUGGUGUAAAGGUACGAAUGGUAACUGGAGAUAACCUACAAACGGCCAGAGCAAUAGCACUUGAGUGUGGAAUACUCACGGACUCCCAGGCAUCUCAACCAGUUAUAAUAGAGGGAAAAGUUUUCCGGGCAUACAGUGACGCUGAAAGGGAGGCAGUUGCUGAUCAGAUUAGUGUCAUGGGAAGAUCUUCUCCAAGUGACAAACUUCUCCUAGUAAAAGCACUGAAAAAGAAAGGCAAUGUUGUUGCUGUUACUGGAGAUGGAACGAAUGAUGCUCCUGCAUUGCAUGAGGCAGACAUUGGUCUUGCUAUGGGUAUCCAAGGAACAGAAGUAGCUAAAGAAAGCUCAGAUAUAAUUAUUCUGGAUGACAAUUUUGCUUCAGUUGUAAAGGUGGUCCGCUGGGGUCGUUCGGUUUAUGCAAAUAUCCAAAAGUUUAUUCAAUUCCAGCUUACUGUAAAUGUUGCGGCUCUUAUAAUCAAUGUGGUUGCUGCUAUUUCUUCAGGAAAUGUUCCUCUAAACGCCGUUCAGCUUCUUUGGGUCAAUCUCAUUAUGGACACACUUGGUGCACUUGCAUUGGCUACUGAACCACCAACAGACCAACUUAUGAAGCGGCCACCUGUUGGACGGAAAGAACCACUUGUGACUAACAUUAUGUGGAGAAACUUGUUCAUUCAGGCUGUCUUUCAAGUUACUGUUCUUCUGACACUCAACUUUAGAGGCCGGGAUCUUCUGCAUUUGACUCAAGAUACUCUUGAUCAUGCCAAUAAAGUGAAAAAUACAUUUAUAUUUAAUACAUUUGUGCUUUGUCAGGUGUUUAACGAGUUCAAUUCUCGUAAACCAUAUGAACUGAAUAUAUUUGAUGGGGUUUCAAGAAACCAUCUUUUUUUGGCUGUAGUGAGCAUAACUGUCGUGCUGCAGGUAAUAAUCAUUGAGUUUCUUGGGAAAUUUACAUCAACUGUGAGACUCAGUUGGAAGCUUUGGCUUGUUUCUGUUGGUAUUGGUUUUGUGAGUUGGCCCCUGGCUUUUGCUGGAAAGUUCAUACCGGUUCCCCGAACUGAAUUGAAAACUUACAUCUCAAGGUGUUUACCGGGAAAGAAAGAUAACGAAGGAUCAACUCCACCUCCACCUCCACCUCCACCUGUGUGAUUGUGCAUGUCCAAGUGACCAAAAUUAUCAGCUCUGAAAUUAGUGGUGGUGCACAUAGAUGCUUGUAUAAUUUUGAAGGUUGACUUCUAACCAUGCUACCUCUUAGGCUGACUGUAUACUGAGGUUGAAGCCAAUCCGACAGAUGUUUCAUCCUCUCUUACUCAUGAAUUGGGCCUGACGCCGAUGUAAACAAAGAUUAGGAACUUAGACAUACACUUCACUAGUUGGCUAGGGAUGAGUGUGGGCUGACCCGUGGAUACUCUUUUACCCACACUAGUUCAACUAAAUGAACUAAAUUUCACUUUUAGAAUCACAAAAAAUGAAAUGUAGUUCGUUUAUUUGGACUAGAGUGGGUCAAUUAGUACCUAUGGGUUGGCCCGUGGCCAGUCUUGGCCGCAUUCAUGCAUCAUAGUACGCUACUGAGCACAUCUUCUUUCAAAGUAUUACACGGAGAUGUCUAAAAAUUUGAGCUAAAUGACUGGGAGGUUUAUUAGUGUUACUGCUUUUGAUUUUUGAGAGCUGCUCAUAUUUUUCAGGAUCAACAUACAUUUUGUACUUGAAUGCUGUACUUUUAUUUAGGUAUGUUCUGGCGCAAAUUAUAUAAUCCUUUAUAGGCCUGUUUUGACUUU